UGGUGGUCACGGGAGUCCACUCAGUGAUGUGGAGGGGAGCAGACAUGAUGGCAGUGAGAGGACUGGUGCUGGUACUGGGCUUACUGGUGAGCGCUCACUGUGAGGUGAGAGCACGAGACCCUGAGGUGGAGGAGGAUGAGGAGGAACUGGGAGCAAGAGGAGGAGGAGGAGAAGUGUCUCUCGACCAUCUCGAGAGGCUUCACCCCGGGGCGACAGAGACCCCUCCCCUGGGAGAGAGGGGGAACUACCCAGCCCGAACCGGGAACUGGUGUGCGUUCGUGCAGCAGCGUGUGGUCACCAAGGCGGUAGCGUGUGGAACAGAGAAGUACACCAUCAAGUCUCAGAGUCCAUGUCCGAGUGGGACGCCCGACUGUCAGCUGAUCAUGUACAAGCUGUCCACCCGGCCUGUCUACAGGCAGAGGCAGCAGAUCUCCACGGCUCUGCUGUGGCGCUGCUGUCCGGGACACGGAGGACACAACUGUGAGGACGCAGUCUCUGAUGCACAACUGGAUUCUGGAAGCUCGGCUCUGAUUGAAGGAUCUGAAGACGUGAGAACAGAGCUCCUCGUUCGAGAUCUGCAGCAGCAGCUCCAGAAGCAACGCGGCGACCCGGACAGCGAACAGAACGACCACCAGGCGCUGUAUGACGCCGGUUACCAGGACAACCAGCACAACCAGCACAACACCACAGACACGGCCCUGGACCUGGACCCACCCCUGGACCUGGACCUGGACCUGGACCUGGACCUGGACCUGGACCUAGACUUGGACUUGGACCACCACCACAACCCCAACCCUCAUCCCACUCCUCAGCACCCCACGGACACGUACGACCACCACCCCCACCAGCCCAUCCAGCACCACCCCCACCAGGACCACCAGCACCACCCCCACCAGCCCAUCCAGCACCACCCCCACCAGCCCAUCCAGCACCACCCCCACCAGCCCAUCCAGCACCACCCCCACCAGGACCACCAGCACCACCCCCACCAGCCCAUCCAGCACCACCCCCACCAGGACCACCAGCACCACGGGCAGCAGAAACACCAUCUUCCUGUUGAUGAGGUGGAUGCUGACACCCUCCCGUACCCAGAGCCCCCUACUGCCCUCCCCGUCCCCGACAUGAUGGCCCUGGUCAUGUCCCAGCUGCAGCCGCUCCUGCAGGGCUUCAACCACUCACUGGAGCUCCUGAGCCGGCAGGUAGGGGACCUGGUCCGCGACGUGGCCGAGCUGAAGAGCGACCAGAUGGAGGUGGAGAUGCAGUCCGGGCCCCCGGCCGGCCCCGAACUCGACGAGGCAGCGGAGGAGCGCCUGGAUGCCAAGAUGGAUGAGGCGUUUCAGCAUGUCAGGGAGGUCCAGAGGCAGAUGGAGGGCCAGCGGACAGACAUGGAGAACAGGCUGCACUCCCAGCAUGCAAUGCUGCACUACAACCUCACCAGCUUCAAGACGGACAUCGACAUGAAGCUGAAACGCCACCAGAAGAUGUUGCAGCUCAACCUGCAGGCCAUGAAUACUACACUAACUGAACUGAAGCUGGACCAGGAUCAGACCACUGAGUAUCAGCUGGAGGAUUGGACCACCGAGGAUCAGCUGGAGGAUCAGACCACUAAGGGUCCGCAAGAGGAUCAGACCACUAAGGGUCCGCUGGAGGAUCAUCCCCCUCCUCCCUCCCUGCUUACCCCCCACCCGCCGCUGCAGCCCUCACACACCUCGGCGCUCUGGGAGGCCAUCGAGCGACUGGACAACAUGGUGGUCAACAACACAGUGAAGGUGGACGGCCUGAUGGAGGACAUGGAGGUGACGUCGGGGGACGUCCAGCUGCUGAGGCGAGACUUCAAGGAGCUGGAGAAGCACAUCAACCGGACGGCCCGGACCAGUCAGGUCCAGUUCAUGGAGACGGGGCUGGAGGUGGAGGCGGCGAGGGAGGCGGUGUUGUGGCAGGUGGGCGAGCUGGUGGGGAACCUCAGCCGGCAGGGCGAGCGGCUGCGUGAGAUGGACGUGGACGUGGACUAUUUGUACGAUGCCUUCUACAAGCAGAACUCCAGCACGGACUGCGACUGCAAGGGCCUGAAGGCCGCCAUCGCUCGACUGGAGAGGGGCGUGGCUAACGUGACGGAGCUGGCCAGUUACAACAGAUUGGCCCUGGCCGAGGAAAGCGAUGAGGGGGAGGGCCAGUGGAGCGAAGCAGGCUACUGGGAGCCGGCGGUGGAGGCGCUCAAACGUGAACUCCAGCAGGUGAAGGUCUUUCUGUCCACGCAGCGCAACGUGACCGAGACUCUGGAUCAAAGCCUGAACCGGCUGAGCGGCUCGGUGGCGGUCGCCGUGGCCGAGGUCUCCGGCAUGAAGGAGGCGGACCGGAAGCUUUUGGAGGAGAUGCAACACCUGUCCGCCUCCUUCAGGUCUCUGCUGACAGACGCCAUACGACACAGCGACGUGCUGGAGCUGCUGCUGGGGGAGGAGGUGCUGGAGUUCCUGGAGUGGCCCGUCCAGGAUCAGGAGGCCCACUCCAUCCCAUCUAUAAAGGAGCAGCUGAGGCUCCUGCAGGAGCAACUGAGAGGACACGGUCUGAGCAUCACCUCCCUGCUGGGAAACAAGCCAGGAGGUAAAGAGGAGAAACCAUCUGCUGACCAGCCCUCCUCCUCCUCCUCCUCCUCCUCCCAUCUUCUCUCCGACGACCGGCUCCCUGGAAGCAUGAGGAGGAGCAGCGGUGGAGUUCAAGCCCGUGAUCGCCAGCUGCUCCUCCUCCCCGAGGGGAGGCGUCCGGAGCACGGAGGAGACGGCAGUGACCUGUGGAAUCUGGAGAAAAGAGUGGAGGAACUGAGGCUGAAGGUGCUCCAGCUAGAGGAGAAGUCCUGCAACACUUCAAGCGAGAGGGAGGAUGCGCCCGGUGACGCGGAGGCUAAGCUGCAGGUGGAGGUGAUGUGGCUGAAGAGGGGCCUGGAGGAACACCUGAGGGUGUUCAAGAACGUCUUCAGCAACGCCGACGAGCUGGCGGGAUCCGAUGCCACGCUGGAGCUCGACAAACUGUGGCAGCUGGUGAAGAACAAAGGCGGAAAGAAAGAGAAGAAGAGAGGAGGAGGAGGAGGGUCAGAAAGAGGAGGAGUUAACCAUCGGAGCAGGAGGGAGACAUCAGGUGUUGCUCCCGUCCCGCCCAGCCUAUCAGGGGACUCCCUGCUGCUCGUGGCCGGAUCCCCUUUGAGCGUCUCGAACGGCGUCGUCGCGUUCGAAGCGUCGCUGAACCGGGGUCAGUUUUACUCCGACACCGGCACCUUCGCGGCUCCGCUGAACGGCGUCUACCUGUUCGUCCUCACCUUGGACCUGAGGCCUGGCCCCACCCACGUGGUCCUGAGGAGGGGGUCAGGCGGAGCUCCGGUGCACCUACACCGCCGGGAGGUCACGGUUGCCGGGCCGGUCACCGAUGUGGGCCUCCUGCCGCUUAGGGAGGGGGAAGAGGUGAGGCUGGAACUGAAGGGAGCGGGAUGGACGGAGUCAGAGGACAAUGUGUUCACCGUGCUGCUGCUGCACCGGACCGGCUGACGGCUGCGGGAAAGACACUGAUCAGAGACUCUGGGAGUUAAAACACAUUCAUACGUAUUCCAGUUAGCGGAGGUUUAUUCCAAAAAGCCCCCUCGACCCUUAAACCACCACGUUACGAUAAAUCUGCAGGCGUAAAUCUUGAUAGCCAUGCCUCAAAACUUGUCAAAACUAGAAAAUAAAAUUCAAAGAAACAAUUAAACCGAGAUACAAAUGCAUGUUCUCAGUUUCCCUCGUUCGGCGUCUUCCAACUCGCUCCGAUUGCCUCAAACUGAAGCAUGUGUUGUUGUUUUUUAGCUUAGCUUAGCAUAAAGACUAUAGACCUCUGAAGCGCACCAAUUCAAAUGUUUAGAUUGCGUUUGUUACGUAUUUUUAUACACCAUGGAAUUAUUUGACUACAAAGUGGCUCAAAACAACCACAAAGAGCCACAAAAAGGUUCAGUUUCUGGUUUCGUUGCACAAAACGAGAUUAAAAAUACAAACGAUAACAUCCUUAGAUUUGCUGGUAGUUGUAUUUUUGAACUUUUGGGAAAUGGCAGGCUAAGUGUUUUCCCCCCGUUUUCAGUGACUAUGCUAAGCUAGGCUAACUCGAGCUCCAAAACAAUGGCGCUACUUAAUGUGUGUAGCCGUCAAACAUCGCUGUCACAUUGCUGUCACACUUGACUCUGACGUGCUGUCGGCCCUGCAGUGUCACUUUAACCUGAAGUCCGGAUUAAUCUUCAGCUCCCUCUUUUCAUCUUCAUCUUCAGAAACAAAAUCUGACCACAGAUCAGCUUCUGCCGACAGUUUUCUCUCCGAGGCUGAGGAGAGAAGUUAAACAUGUGUGUAAAAGUCAUCACAUCAUCUGUGUCUUUUAAGGGAAUUACAUUUUUAAUUUUUUUACAUAAAGACAUGUUUGUAUCUAAAGUCACCUGUAAUGUGUAAUGUUUGUAAAGUACCAAUAUAGUAAGGAAAAAGCACAGAGCAGUAUAUGAUAUAUAUAUUUAUAUAAAGGAACAGCUGAGCCGUUUGUUGGUGUAAACAAAGUCAUGUGUGUGCUUUUAGAAAAGUUAGAUGGUGGAUCAUUCUAAUCUAAAGUCAGUGUGUAACUUAAUAAAAAUGUUUUAUCUCCAGAA